AGCUCAGCUCAGCUCAGGCCAGCGCCGCGCCAGGGUGGGUGCGUGGCCGGCCUUGCAGGGGCGAUGGACCUGCGGAUCCUGGAGCCCCGCGUGCGCGUGCUGAGCAUCUCCCGCGGCGGCCUCUGGCUCUACACGCACCCGCUGCUCAAGAUGCUGAUCCUGCCGCAGCGGAGCAGGUGCAAAUUCUUCAGCUUAACCGAGACUCCUGAAGACUAUACCAUUAUAUUGGACGAAGAAGGCUUUAAAGAGCUGCCACCCUCCGACUUCUUGCAAGUGGUAGAUUCCACCUGGCUGGUGCUCAACGUCUUGUCCAAUGGCAGCUCCUCGGCCAACAUCCAGCCCAUUGGCGUCACCAAGAUUGCCAAGUCCGUCAUUGCUCCAUUGGCAGAGCACAACGUCUCUGUGCUGAUGCUGUCCACAUACCAGACUGACUUUAUUCUGGUGCGAGAGAAGGACUUGCCUGUUGUGAUUCACACACUGGAAGGCGAGUUUGAUAUUUACAAGGAGGUGAAUGGGGAGCCAGUCCCAGCGAACUGUGAUGAUGCAAGUAACGGGUUCCUGAAACCAAAGCAAGCAGAGAACUGCACUGUCCACCCAGUCCAGAGCCCUCAGAACAGGUUCUGUAUUCUGAGUAUUGCUCCCGACUCCUUGCCGGCCAUCGCCACCAUCCUCAUUGACGUCCUUUUCUACUCACACAGCCCACCAAAGGAAACGGUUCCCAGCUGCCAGGAUCUCAACACUAUUACCUUCUUUGCUUUUUCAUUGGUAGAAGGCUACAUUUCUAUUGUCAUGGAUGCUGAGACCAAGAAGAAAUUUCCCAGUGACCUCCUGCUGACCAGUUCCUCAGGGGAGCUCUGGAGGAUGGUGAGAAUCGGCGGGCAGCCCUUGGGCUUUGAUGAAUGUGGGAUUGUGGCUCAGAUUGCAGAACCUCUGGCUGACGCUGACAUAUCUGCUUACUACAUCAGCACCUUCAACUUUGACCAUGCCUUGGUCCCAGAGGAAGGCAUUGACCACGUCACAGAAGUGCUCCUGAAACGGCAAGAGAACCAGAGAUAGCUGUUCGGCACGGCCUUGACAUGGUUUCAGUGCCUGUUUGAGAAAGCAAGCCGAUGGAAAAUGUCCCAGCCACGCUUGACACGGGUGUUGCGGAAGCAAGGAAGAAAGCAGUCCUCGCCGUGAGCCAGGCCACCGUCUUCUCAGCUUUUAUUUGUGGAGAGCUGUCCAUUCCAUGCAGAGCAUAUAAGGAGCUGUUCUUUGCUUCCCAAAAAGGGGGAGCUUGCUCAUGGAUACUUUUCAGAACCUGGCUAAUUGUGGCCAAUGUCAGUAUUAUCCAGUCCGGCUCUGGCCUUUCCAUCCUUUCCUUCUGUCCUUGGGUUCUGCAGAAGAUUCUCCUUUGGGUUUUUUUUGCACCUUUCAGUUUAGAACUUUCCCAGUUGAGACUCAAGCCUGGAGCUUCCUUGGGUGGUGGGGGUUGUCUUUCAGUUGUUGUUAACGUUGGAAAUGGAUCCAUGUAUUCUAGGGUGGUUGAGUGUUGUUUUUAAGGUGUGGUCUUAGCAGCAGAUGAGGACCUGGAGCCAUUUCAUGUGUCCUGGAGAAGUGAACCAGAUGUUGACUUUCAACAUCUGGUUCUGGGACCAGCAGGUUCCCAUAGAUAGAACUUUCAGGUGCUCUGGACAGGGCUCCCCUUAGGCUGAGCGUGUGCCAUCUACUAACAGUAUUAAGCUAAUACAUUAAUGGGCAAUACAUGUUUGCCAUUGCCAACAUUUGAGCGGGGUUGGGGUAGGGUAGAAAGAAAAGCUUUCUGCCUUCUUCCGUUUUAUGUGGCCUUAAAGCCACCUCUGUGUGCCUUUUUGUGCUUGGACACUAUUUAACAAUAGAAUGCAAGGGGAAAACCCUUAUUGUGCCCACCUCAUGACCUUCCACCCUUUGGGCAGGACAAGGAGAGGAGCGCAGUGCUGCUCUGGGCCAAGGCAAGCACACUAAGUCUUACAUAGCACUGCCAAAUACUCACCUUGCUGGGCAGUAGGGGUGGGAAUCUUCCUGGGUCACAUCAGCACAUCUGUCUGGAGAUCCUCAUACAUAGGAGAAUGAGGAGUUCUGUUUCUGAUGUAGGUGAGGGGAGCAUUUUUGAAGGACAAGAAACCCCUCUCCCUCUAAAUUGAAAACCAGCAGUCCUGGAGAGAAUUUCUAGUCCCACCCAUGCCUUGCUACGCUGCUUUUUGACUUGUGGGGUUUUUUGUGUGGUUGAGGUUUUUGAGCACAGGGAAACACUAAGAAAAUAUUAUUUUCCCCACCGUGUAAUCUGAAGCGAUCCCAUUCAGUGCACAGUUCCUGCUGCACAUGUAGAUUCCACUUGAGCUGCUGAUCGUGGGAAUGGCCUGAGUCAUUCUGGAUGGCAGCUGCUCCCAUUCCUAGCUGGCCCCUGUAGCACAAAGCCUUGGGUUGUUUGGAAAUGUCCCUUUCGGACAAGGUCAUCCCAUGGUUCCCUUAGGCAGCCAGCUGUGCAGAUCGCAACAACAUUGAAAUUCUUGCACAGUAAGGGCACCAAAGCAAGCAUGCUUGAUCCAUUCUGCCCCUGGCCUUCGCGCUUAGCAUGUGUCCCAAAGUGUGAUCUGUCAGGACAUGCUCUGAGUAUUCCCAGGAUGCUAGUAGGAAUUUUUUUUUUGUAAAAGGUGGCUUAGUGCACUUUAACUGAUUAUGAUUGUUCUGGGGGAUGUUCAUUUUUAAUCAGUCCUGCAGAACGGGCCUUUGUUGAGAGAGGUUCCUCCUUUCAAGGGCAGGCUGAGUGCUUUUGUCUGAACUUAGGGUCCAGCCUGUUGAAAAGGAAAACAGCUGUAUUUGGGGGACUGCUUCAAGCUUGGUUUCUUUGGAAGGGGCGGAAAAGCAGGAUGUUCUGUACACACAACACACCUAGAUUUCUGGAGCGGCCAAGAGUAGAGCUGGCUUUUCUGUAGGAGGAAGCUUUUCUGUAGAAGUCAGAGCCAACCUGAAGGCAGUCUGGCAACAGAUGAUCAACACUCUUGGCAGUUGCUGGUUUAGCAUAAGUGGCUGAGACCAGAUAGGAAAUUGCUAGGAAGAGGAGUUGGAGAUGCACCAGCCCUUUGCUUUCCGUGCCUUUGUUGAGAGAGGUCAAAUAGCUCUGCUGCCAACUACAACUUGGACUUAUUGCUGUCUUUAUUGUCAAGUUACUGUUAAGCUGCUUCUCCUAAUGGUUCAGUGUAAACCAGUUUGUAUGCAGCCAAGUUGGAGAUUUCUUUUAAAUCCUGUGUAUUUUUCAUAGUUUAACUUUUCUCAAUAAAAGUCAUUUUUCCAAGAA